AUGGCACACGAUUCUAAGAAUUACGUGCUUGAUCAUCAGGAGGAGAGUGUAUCUUCUCAUAGGAGGCGAACUGCCGCUAACUCGCUUGGCUAUUUACUGAGUUCGAUCAAGCCAGACAUGCAAAUACUUGAUGUAGGCUGUGGUCCAGGAUCCCUUACGGUUGAUCUAGCAGCCUUGGUACCAAAGGGUAAGGCAACUGGCAUCGAGAUUAGCGAUGAUAUCAUCAAACAAGCCAAUGCUUUGGCUCAAGAGCGAAAGUUGGACAACGUCGUCUUCGAGAAAGGAGAUAUCAAAUCUCUGAAGUACUCUGAUAACACUUUCGACGUAGUGCAUGGACACCAAGUGCUCCAGCACCUCGCUGAUCCCGUAUCUGCCCUACGAGAAAUGCGUAGAGUCACCAAGCCUGGAGGCAUGGUCGCUCUUCGGGAGGGUGAGAUAAGUGGACAGAUAUUUUUUCCGGCCAUCGCUGGAAUCGCCGAGACUUCGGAUCUGACCUUCAAAGUAAUGCAAAGCCAAGGUGCCAAUCCUGGUGGGGGCCGACAAUUGCUAAGUUAUGCUCUGAAAGCAGGCUUUGAUAUGUCUGCUGUUGCUGUCUCAUCGAGCACCUACUGCUUUGCCACGCCUGAAGAUCGGAAUUGGUGGGCAGACAUGUGGGCAUAUCGCUUACUUCGCUCUUCACUUGGAACAUCCGCUUUAGAGAAGGGGUUUGCAAGUCAAUCGGAGCUAGAGGAGUAUGCUGAAGGUUGGCGGAAAUGGGCGUCUGAGGACGAAGGUAUGUGGUCGAAUAUCAAUGUCGAGAUCAUUUGCCAAGUAGCUUGA